GUGUGACCGCAGGCUCCUUCUCAGAGCCACGCCAGCCGCCACCAUUGCGUCCAACGACUGGAACGGCAGCAGCAGCCCCGGCGAUGGGAGAGAUGACGGGGCUGAGUUGUUGGAGAAAUCCAUGGACAAUGACGCGGAGGGAGUGUGGAGCCCUGACAUCGAACAGAGCUUCCAGGAGGCCUUGGCCAUUUACCCACCCUGCGGGAGACGGAAAAUCAUACUGUCCGAUGAGGGGAAGAUGUACGGCCGCAAUGAGUUGAUAGCCAGAUACAUCAAGCUACGGACUGGGAAAACACGAACGAGGAAGCAGGUGUCUAGUCACAUACAGGUGUUAGCAAGGAAGAAAGUGAGAGAAUACCAAGCAAGCAUCAAGGUGUCUAGUCAUAUGCAGGUUCUUGCCCGAAGAAAGGCUCGUGAGAUUCAGUCCAAACUGAAGGCCAUGAAUGUGGAUCAAGCCUCGAAAGACAAAGCCCUGCAGAACAUGGCGGCUAUGUCCUCAGCACAGAUUGUCUCAGCGACCGCCAUGCAGAGUAAACUGGGGAUAACGCCACUCCCACAAGGCCCAUAUGUGGGGACACCCAGGUUUUGGUCAGGCCCUCUCCCAGGACAGCCUGGAUCCUCACAGGACGUGAAGCCCUUCGGACAACCGACAUAUUCCAUUCAGACAGCGGUGCCGCCCCCUGUAGCAAGUUAUGAGCCGCUGGGACCCCUCUCGCCGCCUGCAACAAUCCCUGUAUGGCAGGACCGCACCAUCGCCUCCUCAAAGCUGCGGCUGCUGGAAUAUUCUGCCUUUGUGGAGAUGCAGAGAGAUCCCGACACGUACAACAAACACCUCUUUGUGCACAUUGGUCAGACAAAUCCAUCCUACAGCGACCCGCUGCUGGAGGCUGUGGACAUCCGUCAAAUCUACGACAAGUUCCCCGAGAAGAAGGGUGGGCUGAAGGAAUUGUUCGAGAAAGGACCACAGAAUGCUUUCUUCCUCGUCAAGUUCUGGGCGGACCUGAACAGCAAUAUCCAGGACGGCCCGGGGGCUUUCUAUGGCGUCAGCAGUCAAUACACCAGCUCAGAGAACAUGACCAUCACCUGCUCCACCAAGGUCUGCUCGUUUGGAAAGCAAGUAGUGGAGAAAGUAGAGACAGAAUACGCCAGGCUGGAGAAUGGGAGGUUUGUAUUCCGGAUCCAUCGAUCUCCGAUGUGUGAAUACAUGAUCAACUUCAUUCACAAACUCAAACACUUACCGGAGAAGUAUAUGAUGAACAGCGUACUAGAGAACUUCACCAUCCUGCAGGUUGUGACCAAUCGUGACACACAGGAGACGCUGCUGUGUAUAGCCUUCGUAUUUGAGGUGUCGACCAGCGAGCACGGGGCACAGCACCAUGUUUACCGCCUGGUGAAGGAUUAAAGGCUUCCUCCCCUCACCCCGACUCCAAGGGUGCCAACACCCGGCAAUUAUAUACACACCCCAGUGCGUGCCUGAUCGAUUUUAACCAACACACACACAACAACAAAAAGUCUAUUUUUCACAGAAAUACAGAUAUUUUUACAUUAGAACAAAUGUAAAAAAAAGACAAAAAAUAACUGAUGAACUGUUAUGAAGUCAAAGAACAAAUCUGCACUACUUCUGCGAUGGUCUAUAUGUCCAAUUCUCUCUCUCGCGCGCACGCUCUCUCGCUCCAAACUCCAACACUCGAGAGGAAUCGGCAUUGUAGCUUUUCUUCUUGAUUCAGAAAAGAAAUGACACAUCAGGGAUUGUUAGUAUUGGAUAAACGGGUGUCAUUGUCGUGGUUUGUGUGUAGGAACGUUCUUCUGUAUUACUGUUGAUGGGAUGUCAGGCAUAGAGAAAGUUACAUUGUAAAACGACUAGACUAUCUACCCACUGGCUGUCCACCCACCCCACCCCAAUGGUGAGUGGCCUGGGCUGAGCUCAAUUGUGACCCAUUACCUUGGACAUUUCAGGACAUUUAGACACAGGUUUGGGAAAGUGGGAGAAGAGAAUUAGCCGCUAUUUGAUCGAACCGAAACUGGGUGUUCCACUUCUAAUUCCGUGUCCUCCCUCCCUCCCUCUCUUUCUCUCUCUCAUACUACCUGUCUUCUCACCUACCUUCACCCUCUCUCUACCUCCCACCUCACAGCCCUCUCUGGCUCCAAAGCCCUCAACUCAACCUCCCCUCUGCUUCUCUCUCAACCACUCCCAACCCCCCUCCACCCCUUCAGUAUUGAUGGGCGUGGGGGCAAUUUUGGACAGAUAUGAGAUUCACCUUAAUAUCCUGAUCAGAGGUAAAGAGGGCUUUUUACAACUGCAAACCACAGUACACCGCCCUCCCCCCACCCGCACACACAUAUAAUUGCCCAUCUGGAUUACAUAUGUGCAACAAAUUUAAGCAGCACUUAUUACAAAUAACUUCUACCCAGGUAUCUCCCUCCCUGCGGUAUUUGCAUGGUGAGAGGGUGUGAGAGAGGUGUUGAGACACUGUUUUGCUGGGAGCAGUGUGUUGGAUUCAGGAACUGGUGGAGUGAGAUUCUGGCUCUCCAUUUGUGUGAAGGACUGUAUGUCUGUCUGUGUGAUUUCCCGCUGAAUACCCCAACUCUGCCCCGAAAGCUUUUCGUUUGUAAUUAUUUAUUUUAAUUUUUUUAACGGGAUUUACAGGGCUGUUGCCAAGCCUGUGAAGGUCUCUAUCCACUGCCCUAGAAAGUGAGGGAAAGCGGUUGUGGUGUGGGUGGGAGGCUGCUCUGAUUUACACAACGCCUUUCACAU